AUGUCUUUUUAUCGUUAUUUAUCAACAGCAGCUAAAACGACUAAUACUAAUAUUCAAGCACCAGUUCUUUCUGGAAUAGUCAAACAAUUAUCAAAGUAUUCUUCUCAUAAGGAACUUAUUGAAUAUUCUCAACGACCUAUUCAAUAUUGUUAUCCAAAUCGUAUGAUUGAAGCUUGUUCACCGCAGCAUUCAACACCUAUAGAUCUAAUAAGAACAGCAUCAGAUCUUCAUGAUCAAUUAUUAGUACGUCUAGCACAUUGUUUAAAUUCUUUUCAAUCAAUUCCAUUUUUACCCGGUGCUAAUCCAACAUUAUUAUCUCUACAUGAACGUUAUUUAAAAUCUUUUGAAAAGUUAAUUCAAUUUCGUCAAAUAAAAACAAUUAAAGAUGAAAAAAAUUUUUUUGAAUUAAUAAAUUAUUUUAUUAUACAAAAUAAUGAUGUUAUAGGAUUGUUAUCAACUGGUUGUAAUGAAGCACAAAAAUAUUUUAAAUCAUAUAAAACAUUAAAAGAUUUUCUUGAUAAUGUUUUAAAUAUACGUCUUGCAAUGCGUUUACUUGCUGAACAUUAUCUUGAAUUACAUAAACAACAAAAAAAUAAUCAAAUAAAUUCAGAUUGGUAUGGUGCUAUUUCAACGAAAUUUUUACCUGUAAAAACUGUACAACAAUGUAUUGAUGAUGUUUCUUCAAUAUGUUUUGAAACUUAUACAGUUAUACCACACGUUGAAAUAGAAAAUAAUAUACAUGAACCUAUACCGUUUUUUCCAAGUAUUAUAGAAUAUAUUUUACGUGAAUUAUUAAAAAAUUCUAUGCGUGCUGUUAUUGAAUAUAACAAACACGCAUUAGGUAAUAUACAAAAUGUAAAAAGAUAUUUCGAAGAUAAUCACGAUAAACCAUUAUGUAAAGUUAUUAUUUCAUCUGAUCCUAUUGAUGAAGUUUUUACAAUUGCUGUUAAAGAUCAAGGUGGUGGAACAAAUGCAAGUGAUGAUGAAAUAUUUCGAUAUAUGUUUACAGCUGAUAUAACGAAAUCGCAUGAAGCAAACAAAGAACAAGAAGAAGAAGAAAUUGAUAUUUUAGCAGAUUUUCAAGAACGCAUGACACAAUCAUCGAAGCAAAUGUAUGGUUAUGGAUUUGGUCUUCCUAUAUGUCGUCUUUAUGCGAAAUUUUUUGCUGGUUCUUUAACUGUUCAACAAGUAUCACGUAUUGGUACCGAUGCUUAUCUUCGUAUAGAUUACCUUUUCUUUUGUUUAUGGAUGGCAAUCAUAAGUUGUGGUCCAACAAGCAUACCAAGUAAUGGUAAACGUCGCAGAAAUUCAUAUUCAUUACCACUUCAUUAUGUUCAAAUCAUAGCUAUUAUACUAAUAUUUUUUCUUAUAUUAAUGAAUUAUUUAACAUUAUGUGUUAAUAUUCCAACACAUCCAUGGCAAUGGUUAAACAUUGUUCUUUCUUCAUUUUUUAUUCUUCCAUUUUUUAUUGUUUUUAUUGCAUUAACUUAUAUUGAUCCAGCUGAAAAUGAAGUAAUAUAUAAAAGUCAUCGACCAAGAACUGAUUUUGAUCGUCAUCAACAUGCACAUGUGAUAACGGAACUUUAUUGUCAUGUAUGUGAUGUACAAGUUACAGAAAAAGCUAAACAUUGUUCAUCAUGUAAUAAAUGUAUUUAUUCUUUUGAUCAUCACUGUAUAUGGCUUAAUACAUGUAUUGGUGGAAAAAAUUAUCGACUUUUUUUAUUAAUGUUAUCAUUAAUUGUUAUUGGAACUUUAUUUAUUUUUUUAAAUAGUUUACUUCAAUUUAUUGGUUCAUUUCAAGGUUUAUCAUCAUCAUCAUCGCUUAGUUUAAAACCAUAUUAUGGUUUAGAUCAAUAUGCUAUAUUAAUGAUUCCAUCAUCAAAGAUUGCUUUUCAAGUGAUAACAGCAAUUAUAGGAUUCAUUUCUAUUGUGACUUGGAUAUUAAGUGGAUAUCUUCUUGGUUUUCAUAUCUAUCUAUGUUAUUAUGGUUUUUCAACAUAUGAUUAUGUUGUUAAUCAACGACUUAAUAAAACAGUUGAUCAAACAUUAUCUCAAUUUAAUCAAUUUAAUCAAAAUCAUUAUAAUGAUCCAUCAUCAUCAUCAUCAUCAACAACAAAACAAUCGAAAUUUAAUCUUUCAAAGAGAAAUAAAAGUAAUCAAAUAGCAGUUAGUCCAGAAAAUGGUACAAUAAAUCAUUCAAAACAAUUUCAUGAUCCAAAAGUUUUUACUAUUGAAGAAAAUUAUAGAGACUCUCCACGACGUUUACAAGUAUGUCAACGUUCAAGUGAAGAACCUUAUGUUCUUAAAGGUGCUUCGCAAAUAGAUAGUCAAUAUUAG